AUGACGCCGCAAACGCUUUUAUUCGAGGAAUUAGCGUCUCGAACCUUGACUUCCGUACUUGAGGAACUGCAAGACGUCUUUGCUGGUGAUCGCGCUUAUUUAAGAGAUCGAGUCGCGGCACUACUGACAUACACCAUCAUGGGUACCUUCGGCAAAUUGAGGGAAUUGAGGCGUAGUACUUUCAUCAGUUAUGAACGUUUAAUUCGGAGGUCCUUGAAGCACAAUAAGGAGACUAAUGUGGUUAGCUUCUCGUACCAUCUUAAAGACCCUAAACAGUUGACAGAUGCUUUAAACGAGGCUUUCGCACCAGUGGUGUUUGAAGUCGCAAGUAACAAGCCUCCAUCCGUAGAAGCGGUUUCUCAGCAGCGGGAUCAGGAAGACGAUUUUUCCUUGAAUAGAACAGCGGAUGGAGAGAUUAUCAAAGUUGUGCGGGCCGAUGAUAUUUGGGAUCUGCUUUCUGACAUAAAAAGAACAAUAGAGAAAAAGGUCAUGAAGAGAAGACUUAGCGCAGAGAUGAAAUACGUUUUGACCGUGUCCUUCUUCAAUUGCGCCCUUUUUAACGACUUGAAAAAUGCAGAUCCAACGAAGUUUGAACUGGUCGAGAAUGAGUAUCUGGGUCACAUUUUGAGAGUUCUGGUGAGCGAAACUAUGACUCGCAUUCCGAGGUACCUAUAUUUUUUCCCUGUCAACUCUCCGUCCGAUCCUUUGUUAGCACUUCACGGUCUCUUUUCGCAAGUCAAGCCAACUCCGAAAACUCGCUCCUCGCAACAAGAGACAGAGCAGAGGUGGCAAAUGCUACGUGAAUCGCUUUUAAACGCCUAUGAUAGAUUUCUUCGCCGGCACACACAACACGCAAUCCUCGCCAUCAAGAGAGGCCCAAAAUCUCAGCUGGGGCGCCGUAGAUGGCCUCGUAUCUAUCCUAUACAGACCACAGCGAAUGGGUUGCGCGUCUCGGCAAUUGGAAUGAUUGGAUAG